AUGCUGGGGGAAUGGAGAACUACAAGGUUGAUUUUGGUCAAUUUUGUCCUGCUUGUACAUUUCUCAGGUUGUGGCAUUGGGCAAGAUCAGUUUGACUUGCGCCUCAUUGGAGGUAAGAAUAAUCUAGAAGGCCGUGUGGAGGUGUUUCUCACUCCAGAUUGGACAAGAGUUUGUGGUGGCAACUGGGAUCUCAAAGAUGCUGAAGUUGUGUGUCGCGAGCUUGGCUUGGGUGCUGCUGUAUCUGCCACGACUGAUACCCGGUUUGGAAGAGGCAAUUACGGAUCCCUUGUGUAUGAUAACGUGAGAUGUAAUGGGAUGAAAGCCGCUUAUUACUGUGUCACCUCUCCCUCAGGUUCAACUGUAACCCUGACAAAGAUGCUGGAGUGGUAUGUGAAGGCACAACAAUGAAAGAUGGAGUUUUUGUACAUGAGGUACGUUUGGUGGAUGGGAGCUCAGAAUAUGAGGGCUUCUUGGAGGUUUAUUUCAACCAGCAGUGGGGUACAGUGUGUGACAUUGGAUGGGACAAACAUGAUGCAGAUGUCGUGUGUGAGGAGCUGGGAUUUGAUUUUGCUGUUUCUACAUCAGGAGGUGAUAGGUUGAGCUCCCAGCCCAUCUGGCUUUCUAAUGUGCGCUGUACUGGGAAUGAAAACAGACUAGCUGACUGUUUCUAUGGCAACUGGGAUGUAAAUGAUUGUACUCACGAUGAAGAUGUAUGGGUGGUCUGUAAUGGCGCUUCAGAUGGAACAUGGUCUGCAGAUGCCAUCAUUGGAGUUUCAGUUGGAGGAGUUGUGGCCUUAAUGUUGCUUUCCAUCUUCAGCGUUUUCUAUUGUGAUUAUUUUAGAGGUUCCACAUUUACCUGUAUAACUCCAGCAGCCUCAAGGACUCAGAUUCCAGCCAAUGAAGCCAACACAGCUACACCAGUCAUCCACUAUCAUCCAGCUCAACAGUCUGUUAGUGUAGCGCCCUCUAUGCUAGGACAAUCAUCAGCCCCUACUCGGCCAGCUAACAUGGCUCCGCCCCCAUUCUAUGAGACAGUUGCAGCUCAGCCCACAAUGUUCCCAUCCAUACCUAGCACUGGCCUGUAGAAAUUCUACUGACCCUACCUACCCGCCAGCAGAGUCUCUGACCAUUCAGAAUACUGCAUCAACUAAAUCACAUAGUGCAAGUUAGCGAUACCUUUGAAUGUGCACAAACCUUUUGAUUUCAUCUGAAUGUGCACAAACUUUGUUGUGGGUUAGUCUCCACUGAGCUUUCUUCUGCAUUUUUCUGCUAACGUGUUGACCCUCUUCAUCAUUGAAGGUGAAGUAGUAAUAUUAAUUCAACCGACUGUGUUCAUUUAUAGGGAGACAAAGAAAUAAGGCUAAAGAUCAGGGCUUAAGUUUUUAAAUCCUUAUUUACAAUGAACAGUAAAAUACAAUAAUAUCGCGUUCAGAUGAAACACUGGCCCCUCAUUCUAUAAAAGGCUAAUUACAAUCUCAAGAGGAAUGGGUAAUGGAGGUUUACUCAAUCAACAGCAGUUUGAAUCAAAGAAUGGUUCAAUUACCAAGGAAUUCCACCUUGUGCUUGCAAACAAACUCUACAUAUUGACGUAUUACGUAAAUGAAUAACAAAUAACCUUACGAACAAAAGGGAAUUCCCCCCCCACAUGGGGCGGGGCUGUCAAUUCACAUACAAUGAGAGUGUUUCUUGCAUUUGAGCUUAUUCUCCCUGUCUUGCUCCUAUUUCUCAUGCCAGAAAAUAAAAGAAAGCUACAACGAUCAUAGACACAUAUUUUCCCAAUCUUUCUAUGCCUUAUCUGUACUGGGAACUGAAUUUUACUUGGUAGGCCUAAUAGAGUAACUUAAAAUCUCAUGUGUUCUGUGAAUGUAACGCAUUCAACCAUACCUAUUUUCACCCUGAACUCUUAAUGUUGGCAACGGGCCCAUAUGUGUGGUCCACUAGCACUAGUUGGCAAGUGAAAUGAGUAAGUUAGUAUUGCUGUGCAUUUGUUGCAAUGCUGGAAGGUAAAAUAGUUUAUGUAACUUUGUUUUGAGAUUCUAAAUAAAUAUAUGAAGUUGUCUAUGUACAUGUACUUCAUAGUUUAGGGAGCGGUAAAAUUAACAUGUAUCUCAAAAGUCUUUUAUCAUGUGCAUACGCAGUACUAUACUAUGAGUAAAUCUGUAAUCAUACGUUAUGUAAUCCACGUCGACUUUUUCAUAAGUCAUUCGUUGUUUGAAGGCAGAAAUAUUAAAUUAAAAAGAAGAAAUAUGAAAUAAAAAAGAAAGCAGAGUUACAAGUGGCAAUUUACUACAGUGCUGUGAGAUAAUUGAAGGACUGCAUUUUCCUGUAACAAAGAAACAAAUUGCAACCCAAGAAAAUUGUCAACCGUUGUUUUUUAAGAGUUUGCCAAAUCAUUAUUUUGUGUCUGAAAUAUCAUCACUGAAUUUUAAAAAUAGAAUUAUACUGUACUCGCUUGUCUUUCUUGUAAAAGGUUACGUUUAUGCCUCAGACCUUAUGUGUAAUUGUGAAAAUCGAAUGUAUGUUUUUAUCAAUUGACAAUUAAGAUUUUCUUUUCUUCCUUUUCUGAUGUCAAGUAAUCACUGGCAUCGAUAAUUUUAACAGGUCUCUGUAGUGAGAGGCUAUUACAAACUGUAAAUAACAACAGACAGAUUACAUGUUGUGGCAUUGUGCAAUCUUUUUAUCAGAUAUGUUUUAUUCACGUAUGAAGUGAUUUUAAAUAUUGGUAGAAUAAAGAUUGUGCUGUUGCCUUUCCUGAAACGAAGAAAUGGUUUAAAAUAAGCGUAUGUCUUGAUCCUGUGAACAAUAAAUAAGAUUGUAAUGCUAAAGUAAGUAUUUUAUCGAACAAGAAAUGAAUGUGAUGCCAUUGAAGUAUUUACUCAAGAAUUAAACCCAUUGGACGGGAGAUCCAAUCAGUUGCGUACCCGGCUUUUGGUGGUGUAGGGGAAUUCCAAACAAACGCGGCUUCAGGCUUAUUCACCGUGAUAAGGGGGGACAAAACAUACCCAAAGCAUUACUCACGGUCCCGACAUCCACGGUUUUAUUUUGAGGUGUUUUUCUCUCCGAAGAGUUUUGGUACUACUAUUUUUGGGUAAAUAAAUAAUCUUAUUAAUAUUUCAUUUAGAAAACACCCGGUCUUGCUCCACUGCCUUUUUAGCCUUUGUACCAGAGGGCGCUCGUUGAAAUAGUGCAGGGGUGCUUUCACGAGUGUCGAAUGACAGAAAUGUUUAAAGAAAAAUAUCGCAGGCAAGAAAAAUUAAGAAACAAGUGAGGAGAUUAAUUAAUGUGUUGCAAUUAAUCUAAAAUAGUCCGAGUAAAAGCCUACAUGUAGCCUUUUUAGUGUAGUAUUCCUCUUUUUCUAAUUUUCUGGAUUCAAUGUUCCAAAUGCUAGUGGGGUCCCAGUUACCUGGACUAACCUGACGGAGCUCUUCAAAAGAAAUAGUUAUAUGCCUGCUGCGAUACGAUACAAUCCCCCCCCCCGUCAACCGUCGCUUAAUCCUGCCUGCGGCACUGUUCCAACAUCCGUCUACACAGUUGUUAGGGAUUAGCUGCAUUCGGCUCUCAGACGUUAUUGUACUUUUUGUAGGCCUAUACCAUGCCUACUGACUGUACGAUCACAGAGCUACAAACCCAUGAUACGAUCUUGCCUCUCCCUUGACAAGCGAUCCGCACAUUCGGACUGAGUCAGUUCGAAUAAUUGAUUAUUCGAAUAUUCGACUU